AUGCCAUCGAUUUAUUCAACAGUUAAUUUGAUUUUGACACCAGCUUCAUUGAUUUGGAGUCCAAUCUUUGCUGGUUAUUAUCUUUAUCUUGGUGCAUCAGUCUCUGUCCUCAGAGCAAAAACUAAGUAUCUGGUAGGAACUGGACCUGAUGCGGUAAAAGGGACCCACAAAGCAGACGAUCAAGUAGCUUCCCCAACUGACGUUCAGGCUCUUCAGGUCGCAGCUCGAGCACAUGCAAAUUUUUCCGAACAGGUGCCCAUCUCAUUGAUCAUGACCAUCUUAGCAGAAAUCAAUGGAGCUCCUACUUAUUUGGUUCAUGCGCUUUAUGCCGCGUUUUUCUCCUUACGCGUCGCUCAUAACGAGUUAGGUAUGAAGUUGAACAAUACGCUUGGUAUGGGAAGACCUGUAGGAACUGUGGGAACUUGGUUCUUAUUGGCCAGCACUGGAGUCUACAAUGUGGGAUUGGGUUGGGAUUCCUUCAAGAGCUUUGCUGGUUACUGA